CGCCAGCAGAGUCGCUCAGUCUGAGUGGAGCUUUCGGCUAGCGCGUUGCUCUGUCGUCGCUGUGUCGGUUGUGUGCUGUGACAAAGUGACAGUGUAAUCUGUGAAUGUCUGUUUCCGGCAGGCUGUAUCUGCUGGAGAUGGGCUCGUCGAGCUGAAACCUAGUGCAGAAACCUCACAAGUUUACAAACACAUACGACUCUAGUGGGAUUGUGUGUAGGUGCGUGUAGUGAGAGUGCUUAGUGCGCGAAAUGAAAGUGCGGUCCACUGGUCGUAGGUGAUCUGUCGUGCCUGAACUGCUGGAUUAGUGGUGGUUGGGGUCGAGGGUUGCGGGUAGGUUAGGUUAGGUGCAUUUGCAGCCUCCGUCACGUUCGUGAAGCGAGCCGGCCGCAAGAUGGGGUGUGCCAUGUCCGCGGAGGAAAGGGCCGCGCUCGCGCGUAGCAAGAAGAUCGAAAAGGACCUGAAGGAGGACGGCAUACAGGCGGCUAAGGAUAUCAAACUGUUGCUGCUCGGGGCUGGUGAAUCCGGAAAAAGUACAAUAGUAAAACAAAUGAAAAUUAUUCACGAAAGCGGGUUCACGUCAGAAGACUUCAAACAGUAUAGACCAGUAGUUUACAGCAACACUAUUCAAUCACUUGUCGCAAUCCUAAGAGCGAUGCCCAACCUGGGUAUUGCUUUCGGCAACAACGAGAGAGAGACGGACGCUAAGAUGGUGUUCGACGUGAUCCAAAGGAUGGAAGACACGGAGCCGUUCUCGGAAGAGUUGCUUGCAGCCAUGAAGAGGCUGUGGGCUGAUGUCGGUGUGCAGGAGUGCUUCGGACGCUCAAACGAGUACCAGCUGAACGACUCAGCCAAAUAUUUCCUCGAUGACUUGGAUCGCUUAGGGGCCAAGGACUACCAACCUACCGAACAAGAUAUUCUAAGGACCAGAGUGAAAACGACGGGCAUAGUAGAAGUUCAUUUCUCGUUUAAAAAUUUAAAUUUCAAAUUGUUCGAUGUUGGUGGCCAGAGGUCAGAACGAAAGAAGUGGAUCCACUGCUUCGAAGACGUGACUGCCAUCAUUUUCUGUGUCGCCAUGUCCGAGUAUGACCAAGUCCUACACGAAGAUGAAACAACAAACCGUAUGCAAGAAAGUUUAAAACUUUUUGAUUCGAUUUGUAAUAACAAAUGGUUCACGGAUACAUCGAUAAUCCUCUUCCUCAACAAGAAAGAUUUGUUCGAAGAGAAAAUCAAGAAGUCGCCUCUCACCAUUUGUUUUCCAGAAUAUGCUGGAGCUCAAGAGUAUGGCGAAGCUGCAGCUUACAUUCAAGCACAGUUCGAGGCUAAGAACAAAUCGACUACCAAAGAGAUCUAUUGUCACAUGACCUGUGCCACCGACACCAACAACAUACAGUUUGUAUUCGACGCAGUCACUGACGUCAUCAUAGCAAACAAUCUAAGAGGCUGUGGCCUUUAUUAAGUUUCUAUUAUAAUAGCAGUGCAUCAGCAGUGCAUCAUUGGACAAGCACUUUAUGUUAUUCUAUUUACCCACAUCCGUAAAAGUGAGUGUUUGUAAAUUUUGUAUGCUUUUAUCUGAUAAUGUUCAUGGAUAAUUUUGUAAACUUAUUUGAUGCUUAUUCCCAAUUUGAUUUUCCCAAAAGAUGUUGUAAAUAGAAAAUAAGUGAUACUGAUGGUUUAAAGUAGUUUGCUUCAAUUUGCAUAAAAAAUAUGUACAUCAAUAGAUUUAUGUAGCUACCAGAAAACAUUCAGUGCUUGUAAGAUGAUCGGGUGAACUAAAACGAUAUUGUAGUCAACUUUCAGGACAUUUAACUGUUGUCAACGUAUUGUAAUAUAGUGGAGACUCUGACCAUACCAUUUUAAAUACAAAUUAUUAAAACUGUUUGUUUAGAACUGUUUGCACAGCUACAAAAAUUGUGACAUCAAUGUUAAUUUAUUUCCAAUGAAACGCCCAAUUCCAAUCGCUUUUCUUCUUUACAGUAUGCCAAGUCUCAUUCCAUAUCUAUUGAUUUUAAAUGAACACUUCGAUUAAAUUAAUCUUUUGGAAUAAAUUGACAAAAUGUUGAAGUAAAGUUGAAAAUUAUGUAGAAGAUAGCUAUUCUAAUAGAUGAGUUACUAUAAAUGUAAUAUUAUUUUUAUUAUUGAGAUAUUAAAAUAUCAAUAGAAUAAUACCGUAAAGAUUUAAGACUUACAAAUCCGUUGACCAGUGGGAUCAUGAGAAAUAUUAUAGUAUAUGUAAUUCCAUUAAUUUAAUCAUAUUUCUGUACAUAUUAUAUAUAUAAAUAUACAUAAACAUAUAUAAAUAAUCUAUUGAACCCCCUAUUAUAUUAAAAUUAUGUGUGUGAAAUUGUGUACCGAUUGUAUAUUUGAGUACAAUAUCAAGAAUAUCAUGGUAAUAGACAAGCGAAUUGAACUUUUGUGCAAAACUAUAUUUGAAGGUGAUAAUUUUUUGCAGCUGUGUGAAUAGUAAAUUUAUAAACGUCAUUAAAGAUUCAAAUAAUAAUGAUAAUUAUCUCAUAUGAAAGUAAUGAAUUCAGUGUGUUAUUGUAAUUUUACCAUUGAACAUUAAUAUCUGUAAGCAUAUUAUAAUCUAAACGCAACAUUGUAUCAUUUUUAUAACGGACCUUCAUUUAUAACAGCCUUCACGAUCAAACCAUUUACUGCCGAGGCCCGUAAUACUUGGCGGGAGUUUUGUCUGGAUGGCUGUGUUGAUUUGACUUCCUCAUUUUGCUAAUUGAUAUGAAUAAUUGUUGGUUUAAAAUUAUUUAUGAACGUGAUAAUUGAUAAUAUGGACAAUUGGAAGCUGAAACUGUAGGCCCUAAAUGGAGAUGAGAUUGUAUUAUAGUGAGGUUUCAGAGAUUAAUAUUAAUGUCGUGUCAGGGUUGGUUAUAAACAAACAUAUUGAUGAAUUUGUUGUUGAAUAGAUUGCCCGCUUAGAGUGAUGUGAAAUUUAGAUAGAAAUGAAGAUCUUCGAUUACUGUUUUACUGUUGGCUUUGAUUGUUUCAAGUACAGCAUUAAUGUACAGCAUUCGGCUUCAGCUUCAGUCAACAAAGUGAAAUCAGAGGAAUGAUAGGAAAUUGAAUGUCAUUGGUGAAAUUAUAUUUCAUAUUAUAUUCACAAUAUGUUGAAGUUGUCUAAUAUAAAAACAUUCUAUUUUUUUCACGUAAUUAGAGUUGAGCAAGUUCUAAAUAAAUGUGUAGGAGUUGAAUGGUUUAGAAUCAUCAUUCUUUAGCUAAAUUCCCCAUGAUAACUGCCAAUUAAAUAAUGAUAAAAAUAAUAAUAUUUAUUGAUUAAUCAUGAUAAUAAUGUUGCAUUUUUUGGAAUGUAAAUCCUUUAUAGAGGAGUGAUUGAGAGUUUUCAAGAAACUGUUUGGCACACCUUGCGACUUUGUGCUCCUUAAGAGGAAAUUAUUUAAUUAUCAUAAUAUCGAACAUACGUUUUACUGCUUAGAAUAUCUAAAGAUAUGUGCUUUAACUGGCAACAAUCGUGAAAAUGAUAAAUCUAGAUAUCUUAUCAGUUAUUAAAGAUCCUUAUUUUACAAACUUUUUAUAAGAUAGAUUAUUGUCUGAUUGACCACAUUCACGGUUAAUAUAGAGUCAGAAGGCUGUAACUGGAUAUUUUUUUCCCUUUGAUAUUGUUUCUAAGCUUUUUAGAUAAUCUUUUCAAAUCCACUAAGCUUACCAGAAACAUUCGCAGAUUCGCAUUGUAGAGUUAACUAAUAUCAUCCACAAAUAUUUCAAUUAAAACUUGAUAAAACAUUCCUUUUCUUUGCAUUUCUAUUUGAUUUUAAUUGAAUGUUAUGGAAGCUGGAAUUUCCGUUAUUGACAAUUCUAACUGGCUAAAUUCCUCAAGCGUCAAACAAACUUGUAAUUGUAAGACGUGCCAUAUCAAUAAUUUUCGCCAAAAUUAAAAUAGCUGUAAAUAAUAACAAUAAGGAAUUAAUAAAUGAGAAAGACAGGAAAUUUACGGUAUCCUGAAAACUAUUAACUGCAUGGGAUAUGAGGCACUUCGCACAUAGGGAGGUAAAGCAUAUUAUGAAAAGCAUACAUAGUGUGUAAGGGUACAAAGGUUGCAUAUUAAGGGAACAAACCCUUAUCAACUUAUUUGUUAUGGACUUAUACUCCCUGUCGUUUGUCUCAUGCCUCAUACAAUAAACUCUAUCUUGCUUUGGAUCAGAUAUUAUCAACUGUUCUAAUCUUAUGGUCUCAUCCAUUUACUCCACAAUUACAUAGUUUAUAGUAAGAUGAGUGGAAUUUUUGUAUCUAUUAGAUAAGUAAAAGUAAUAUAAUUGUUGAAUAUUUAAAAAAAUGUAAAAAUGAAUUUUAAACUAUCGCUAACAUGUUUUUAGUUUUGUUUAAAUUCUGACUUAAAUAAGUCGCUCUCUCCCAUAGGAUCAAAUUUUUAAAUUGAAAACUUCUUGAAUCUUAUGAAUCACAAUAAUAUUAUGAUUAAUAAUGAUGAUUAUUGAUAUGCAUUGGAAUUAUUCAGUAAAUGAUUGAAAUAAUUACAUACUAUACUUUUCGAAUUGCACUGCUCGAUUCGAGAUAGUGGUAAGGCGUCUGAGUGUAGUCUUAUGAAAAACACACGGUGCAUAUCUUUGUAAAACUAUUCAAAAUUUGUUAAUCUUCUGGUUUUGGCUUCCUGAGCCAAUCUGAGGAUCGCAGAAUUGAAUUUGAAUAUGCAUUCAGCUCCUUAUGUUUUUAUUGUAUAUUUUCACAAAACAAAACUUGUUUGGAAAUCUGUAGUGAGCUUUAAAGAGAAUGCUUCAGACUUGGAAAGAGUUUCAAGUCUAGUGAUAUUAUGAUGGAUUUUUUAUUAGCAUAGUUUUCUUACUGCUAACUUGAGGUGGCUGAAUAAUAUUUUUUAGAUCACUCCCAAUCACAGUACAUUAUGACUCUACAAAUGAAUUGUGAAAGUCUACUUCUAAUGUCUUAAAUCUUGACCUCUCGUGAAUUGAAAUUAUAUUCAAUAUACUCUUUAAUGGAAGAUUGUCUAAGCAGGUAACUUUUAAGGUGACUUUUCAAGUAAAUCCAAGUAACAAAAUAUUUUUCAUGUGUCAAGAGCAUAUUAAUUCUAUUAAAAAGUGACUGUUCUUAAAUUAGCCUAGUCUUGAUUAUUGUAAUGCUUGUAAAUCUCCAAUUGUUGAAAUUGUCUAAGUUAUUGAGAAGUUUGUUAAUGGCAGAUCAAUGGUAAAAAUAAAAAAAUGUAUUACUAUUUAAACGCGAUAAAACAAUAUGUUGUUGUCAAUCUAGUCAAAUAGUGCUAAAGUCGUAAUGCGAUCAUGGUUAAUGGAUAUAAUGAUUAUUGUAAUAUUAUUGCUACUACUAUAAAGUAAUGUUAAUUUGUGGCCGGCAAGAUUCCACGUGUCUAGUGUGGAGUCAGAUGACCAAAGAAGACGUUCUGUUGUUUGUCGCUAGAAACCAGUAACUUACCGUGUACUCGAUUGCGUCAUGCGUCACCUGCGUCAGUUGUCAGGUGAAUCUUGUAGUCCAAAAUGGACAAUUUAAUUCAUCAGUGAAUGAAUAAUCAUCUGUUGUUAAUUAUAAAUAAAUAGUGUCGUGUUUGAAUAAAAAGUAAGGCGAGUUCUAGCUCGGACUGUCGUUGAUAAAUUUUUAAAAAUGGUGUUUUGCGUGCGUGGAACGAUGUGACUUGUCAGGUCCUCACCGAUUUCUUCAUUGAGUGUUGUUCACAUGUCAUGUAAUAGAAAUAGAUGAGAAUAAAUUUACAAAUAAAACUUAUGUGUUUAUAUGUAGCAUUACUAUAGUUUGUAUGGACAAAAGAAUUUGCAUUCUAAUGUUGAUUGCUCUGUAUGCUUGAAUUUCGUUUCAUGAAACCAGAAUGGUGAGGAUAUCCAUAUAAACCCAAUCACCUUCUCAGCCUCUAUCUACAAUAUUUUACUAUGUAAAUAGUCCUCAUUAAAUGCCUCUUACACAAAAUAAAAUCCUUUAUAAGCUGCAUAGAGUUCACUUAUAAAUAGAACUGGAAAAUUAAAAAACUUGUAUUUUUUGCUGUCAGGUUUUGAUCACAAAUUAACAUUUUUUACUAUUGAUCUUCCCCGAAUCAUCCUGAUGCAAUCAGUUGAAUUGAAUCACACAGGUAUAAGCUUAAAAUUCUCUAAUACUAAAUCGAUUUAUAGUAUAUUCGACCUGAACAAAUCAAUCUUCUCCCCCUUCCAUAAAUCUCUCUCUAUACCUCUCCUUUUCUUCAUACAUUUGCAUGGCGAUCAAUUAAGGUAUCAAAUUUGUGUUGUGUUACGUUAGUUUUAAAUUCAUCUUAUUUUCAAAUCACAAGGAGAAACUAUCUCGAAGUUACCAAAAUUAGUUUAUUGACUCGAAAUUUCAACAUUUAUGCCACCUGCUGUAUAUUUUACACAUUUGUAUGUAAUUUCCUCUUAUCAUUAAAUUGUAUUAUUACCACUAAUGA